CAGGUGUCACAGUGUCCCUGGAAGUGUCCGAGAGCCCUGGCAGUAUCCAGGUGGCCCGGGGCCAGACUGCAGUCCUGCCGUGUGCCUUCUCUACCAGUGCUGCUCUCAUUAACCUCAAUGUCAUCUGGAUGGUCAUUCCUCUCUCAAAUGCAAACCAGCCUGAACAGGUCAUUCUCUAUCAGGGUGGACAGAUGUUUGACGGCGCCCCCAGGUUCCAUGGGAGGGUAGGAUUUACAGGCACCAUGCCUGCUACCAAUGUCUCCAUCUUCAUCAAUAACACCCAACUCUCAGAUACAGGCACCUACCAGUGCUUGGUGAACAACCUUCCAGACAGAGGGGGCAGGAACAUUGGGGUUGCUGGCCUCACAGUGUUAGUCCCCCCUUCUGCUCCACACUGCCAAAUCCAAGGAUCCCAGGACAUCGGCAGCGACGUCAUCCUCCUGUGUAGUUCCGAGGAAGGCAUCCCUCGGCCCACUUACCUUUGGGAGAAGUUAGAUAAUACACUCAAGCUACCUCCAACUGCCACUCAGGACCAGGUCCAGGGAACAGUCACCAUCCGGAAUAUCAGUGCCCUGUCUUCAGGUCUGUACCAGUGUGUGGCUUCUAAUGCCAUCGGGACGAGCACCUGUCUCCUGGAUCUUCAGGUGAUCUCACCCCAGCCCCGAAGCGUUGGAGUCAUCGCUGGAGCUGUCGGCACCGGGGUGGUCCUCAUCAUUAUUUGUAUUGCACUAAUUUCAGGGGCAUUCUUUUACUGGAGAAGCAAAAAUAAAGAGGAAGAGGAGGAAGAUAUCCCUAAUGAAAUCAGAGAGGAUGAUCUUCCACCUAAAUGCUCUUCUGCCAAAGCAUUUCACACAGAGAUAUCCUCCUCGGAAAAUAACACCUUGACCUCUUCCAAUACCUACAACAGUCGAUACUGGAACAACAAUCCCAAAACCCACAGAAACACGGAGUCAUUCAACCACUUCAGUGACUUACGCCAGUCUUUCUCUGGCAAUGCCGUUAUCCCCUCCAUCUAUGCAAAUGGGAGCCAUCUGGUCUCUGGCCCACAUAAGACCCUGGUAGUGACAGCCAACAGAGAGUCCUCACCCCAGGUCAUGCCCAGGAACAAUGGUUCAGUCAACAGGAAGCCUUGGCCUCAGCACACACACUCCUACACUGUCAGCCAAGUGACUCUGGAGCGCAUCGGUGCAGUACCUGUCAUGGUGCCUGCCCAGAGUCGGGCGGGAUCCCUGGUGUAGGAUGUUUGAGGAUGCUGUGUGCAGAAGAGAAAAAAUGGAAUGCCUCCCGACAAGGGGGAGAGCAGGGGUGGGCUAGUGCUGGAAAGAUAGACUUUUGUUACCAUUACUUUAGUGGAAAGCACCAAGAAGACAGUGCUCUUGCCUGGCCACUGCAGUGUGUGAAGUGACCAAGAGUGUUCUGUCAUGAAGACUCAGGAAGACUGUUUCCUCACCACAGCUGUCCUGGGAUUCAGUUAAAAAACAAACAAACAAACCGCUGCGUCUCGAAUGACGUGCCAAGCCAAGGAGAAUGCUAGAAGCAGAAUAGCGCUUACGACCCAAACCAUGGUCCAGGUGGACCUGUUCUUUAAUUCUUGCCUAACUUAAUAAUUUUCAGGAGACUUAAGUGCCGGGUGGAGUUUAAAUAAUAAAAUUAUUUUUUAAAAUAUGUAUAUUUACAAAACAGACAUGAGCAAGCUUGUGGCCUGUUCUGCCUCUCCCAUUCCCCUUUAAUGGCGAGGCCUUAAUGGCACUAGCGAUGCAUUCCAACUGGGCUGGCUCUUUAUCAUAAAGGUGAAACUUUGUACAAAACACAAUUUGGCUAGAAAUGGGGGGAAAUAAGGAAACUUCUUGUGAACACCCCACACUCUUAUUUAUUUACCUCUUCCUGAACCGUGAACUUCUGUAGUUGGGAUUUUGCUAUGUUGACAAAUUCUUGUCUGUGUUUCUCUGGGAUCUCUUACAGGUCCAUGGCAGUUACUGUUCAUGAUUUCCUAAAAAAAAAAAAAAAAAAUAUUUUUUUAAAAGAAAACUAUUUUUUUUAAAUACUUGAAAGACAGUGAACUAGGAAGGCAUGAACUUAACACCUUGUUAAUCACUUGUCCAGUGAUUGUGCUCAGUGGCUCAGCAGAAACCUGUCACGGUUCCGGGAAAUGAGGGGGCUGUCUGGAAAACAAGCUGGAGGCAGGUGGGAGGGGCCUCUGCGUUGCUAGGAGGGCCCCAAAGAAGCAAGACUGUGCCUGUCAACCCUGCUGCCACACCAGCCACUUGUAAUGUGGGCAGCACCUGAUGUCUUUUGUACCGAGGAGGAUGACUCCCUCUUGUUUGACAAGUAGAGGUUAGUAGGCUGUUGCAGAAAGGGCAGGAGUUGGUUUGUUUCUUUCAAAAUAAUUCCUUUUUUUUUUUUUUUUUGCAGAAGAAUAAUGAGGCGAUUGCCCAGUGUGCUCUUGGGGUUUGUUAAGCAUCUGAAAAUGUGCGUGUGCAAUUUUGCCUGAAUGCAUUGCACACCCGUGUAAAAAUACACCUUCCCCAUUUUUUUUUUCCUUUUUUUUGUCUCAUUACUUGGCUUGCUAGCCUUGCAAUUGACCAGAUUCAUUUAUGGACUCUCUGCUCUGUAUUGUGCUGUACUUGUAUGGUUGACUAUCUUGCCUUAACUACACUUUAGGCAACUCAUGGUGAUUUCUUCCAAGACUUGUUUUUUUAAAAUUGUUUGUACUGAGCCCACAAUUUUCAAAGAAUAUCUCUCUUUUCUUCUUCCAUUCCCUCUGUCUCUCCUCCACCAAUCUUCUUGCCUUCUUUGCCUAUGGGCAUAGUCUGCACGGGGAGUGGCUCCUGACUUCACAUUUGAGUGAGUGGAAACCUCCAGUGAUUCUCUACACUGUUUUUCCUUUGGGGCACACUCAGAACACUAUUGUGACCAUUUCAGUGUUGAUAGACGAAUUUAUUACAGUGUUACUCUUUCUUCCCCAUUUGAUGGUUCUUGACUUUGUAAAAAUUUAAAUAAGUGAAUGUCUAUACUUUUUAAAGAAAAGCGAAAAUACCAUGCCUCAGAAGAGAUAAUACUAUCAGAUGCUGUUUAGGAAGCAUUUAUCUUGCAUUUCUUUAUUCUUUCUAAUUACCUAAAAUUCAAUAAAAGUUUAUUCAUAUAAAAU